AUGUUAGAACACCAAGAUGAUCCCGUUAGGCUGCGAAUAUGGCAACAGAAUCUCAAUAACUCCAGAACGGCUCAAGAAUCACUCCUCAAUGGCCCAAAAGCAAAGUUCUGGGACCUAUUAGCACUACAAGAACCCUGCUCGAACAAGCUACGCAACACGAAAUCAACGCGCCAAUGGCACUCCGUCUACCCAACACAACACUUCACCCACCUGCUCCAGAGAACCCGUGCCGUCACGCUUGUCAGUGCAGCCCUGGACACGAAUGGAUGGAAGCAACUCGCAUUCCCCUCUUCAGAUGUAAUCAUAAUUCAAUUCUCAGGUCCCUUCGGCAAAUGCACCGUGUUCAACAUUUACAACGACGGCGAAAGACAAGAUACACUA